AUGAAGGUUUCUCAAACGUGUGAAGGGCAAAAUGAAUAUGAAGAUUGUGGUAGUACUGCAUGCGUUGACGCGAAGUUUUAUAACAUCGAAUCAAUGAUUUACCAGAGAUUGGAAUUUCUAAACAUUAGGGUUGGAACUAUGGGCAUGAAGUUCCCAACCUUCAAUUCUGCUUAUAUAAAUGAUCAGUUCUGUGAAACUUUUCAUUCUGGUGGUGUGGUGAUGGUUGGAGACAUCGUGCUGUUCGUAGAAUGCCACUCCAUUGUGGAUGCAUCAUGUCAUGCCACACAUACACGGAACUGGACUAUGGAGGUGUGA